AUGAAUUCUGUUAACGAAUGGCGAAACGGAGAAGUUGCUGCACUCAUCAAGAAAUACAACCCGGACGAUGUCUUUAAUGCGGAUGAAGCUGGAGUGUUUUUUCAGCUUGAACCAAAAAGGACAUUAGCCCAGAAAGGAGACAAGUGUGUAGGGGGUAAAGCUUCCAAACAACGCAUCACCGCUCUGUUCUGUUGUAACAAAUCGGGAACGGAGAAACGAAAAAUCCUCAUCAUUGGCAAAUCUGCAAAACCUCGUUGUUUUAAAAACUGUAAAUCAUUGCCAUGCAUCUAUAAAUUUAACAAGAAAGCAUGGAUGACCCAAAUAAUUUUUAAUGAUUGGUUGAUAGAUUUUGAUACAGAAAUGAAAAAAAAGAAGAGGAAAAUUCCACCAAAAUUGGAUAACAUUCGUGUGGAAUAUUUCCCACCUAACUGCACAGCUGUACUUCAACCUCUUGACCAAGGUAUCAUCAGAGCUGUAAAAUCACGCUACAGAACCUUUUUGUUACGUCAAAUUUUAUGCGAUUUGGAGAAAAAUAUCCAAAGAAAAUGCAAUGUGAAGGAAGCUAUCGAAUGGAUAUGCGGAGCUUGGGAUGAUAUCAGUCAAUCAACAAUAACUAACUGUUGGAAACAUGCAACCACAACCAAAGACGCCAAUUCUGUUUCAGAAGUGGCCGAAUAUGAUGAAUCAAAUACGCACGAUAUCCAACAAUCUGAGUUAGAGAAAAUUUGGAGCACUGCAAAAAAGAAAACGUCGCUUCCUGACGACGUGAAUUUAGAAAAUUAUCUCGGUGCAGAUGACAACAUUUCAACAUGUUAUGAACUAACCGAAGUAGACAUCGUUAUGGAGUAG